AUGGAAAAGGACACAGAAGCUGAUAGUUUUUUUGCAAAUUUCUUGGAUAUAGUUCCAAGUAGAAAAAUAGAACAUCUAGGUACUACAGGGCUAGAAUUCAAUGGACAACUAUCGCCAGAAUUAAAGAUAUAUGAAGAUGGAGGAGGUUUAGGUUGUGGUGGUAAAAUUUGGAUUGCUGGUGAGUUGCUGUGUGAAUAUAUAAUGGAACAUAAAGUUAAUUUCAAUGUAUAUGAUAAGGUAAUUGAAUUGGGCAGUGGAACUGGUAUCGUUGGUUUGCUACUAGGUUUAAUGAACAACCAAGGUUUGUGGAUAAAUGAUAAAUACAAAGAAGAACAGAAUUCGAAAAAGGUAUAUGUUACUGAUAUUACCGAAUUAGUACCGUUAAUGGAUAAGAAUGUCAAUUUAAAUAAUGUGGGAAAUGUUGUAGAAGCUGCUAGCCUGGAAUGGGGUGAGCCAGUUGAAGCAAAAUUUAGCGCCGGUUUGGACUUGGUCUUGGCUGCUGAUUGUGUUUAUUUGGAAAAGGCAUUUCCGUUACUAGAAAAAACACUUUUGGAUCUGACAAGUGUGGAUAAACCACCAAUGAUUCUAAUGAGUUAUAGAAAAAGAAGAAAGGCAGAUAAACAUUUUUUUAUUAAAAUUAAAAAGAAUUUCAAAGUAAUAGAAAUUAAAGAUUUCAAGAAUUUUGCCCAGUAUCUGAAACAGAGAACGCAUUUAUUCCAACUGAUUAGGUUAAAUAGAUAA